AUGAGGAUUAUAGACUAUAUCUUUCGGUUUGGUAUCGGCGGCCUGUUUGCGGACCCAUUCAAGCACUUUCGAAGCCACGGAAUUCAGCUGGAUCCACCAAGGUGUCCGAUGCUCCCAAUCCCACCGGCUAUAAAUGGCGAUAUGAUCACCACUCUCCCUGUCACCUUCUCCGACCUCUUCUCGCUUGCCAAAUUUGAUGUCCGUGAAUUUUCCCUGUUCAAAGUAUCCGUCCAGGUCGAAGCAGUUGAUGAAUAUCUCAUGGAUGCCUUGAUCUUUCAACGCGGUUAUAAAUCCAAGGAAAUCACCAGACAACCAGGAGCAGCGAGUACCCGUCACCCCACAUACUACUAG